UAACCCACUACACAGAAAAUAGAAAACCAAAAUGGCGGUCGACAUAGAAAAUUAAUAUCAGUUUUUAACAUCAAAUUAGUAAUCUGUGCCCGUCGUAAUAUCUUCGCCAUGUCUGACGAUAUGUUCUAUUGCUCCUUCGUGAGUAUUCACUAUAUAAUCUGUGAAUGUGGCGAAACUUUCCCAAAUGAAGAUGAGUUGAAAAAUCAUUUGGAACGCGAUCAUGCAAUGAAAAAGGAGAAAAAGGAAAUUAAAUGCGGCGUCUGUGAUGCUCUAUUCAGUACGGAGGAGGCGUGCAUCGAGCACUGUGAGAGCAACCACAUUGAGAUCAAGCAAGAGCAUGAUUAUGAUGAGUACGUCGUGGAGGAGACACAGGAAGAGGAGCUCGGAGAGCCCACCGAGAUAAUCUACGAGGAAAUUAUAGAGGAACCGGAGCCUCCGAAGCCUAAAGCUAAGAUCAAGAAGGAACGCAAGCCCAAGUCUCAUUAUAAUGUGAAGAAUAUUGUCUGCGAGGUCUGCGGGAAGAGAUACGCUUCCAACGCAGCGUUGAGAUAUCACCAGCGAGUCCACACCGGCGAGCGGCCGUACAAAUGCACACAAUGCGCCAAGAGUUUCACCAUGCCACUGUUCCUACAGAUUCACACCCGCACCCACACGGGAGAGCGUCCGUACGAGUGCCCGCUGUGUCCGAAAGCAUUUAGCAAUAAGGCUGCGUUACUGAGACAUGAUCGGGUACACACAGGUAUAAAACCUUACGAGUGCCAUGAAUGUGGCAAGUUCUUCACUCAGUCCAAUUCACUGAAGCUCCACAUCAACACGGUUCACUUGAAGAUGCCUGCUCCGUACAAGAGCAAGUCCAGGAGAAACAAGGCCAAGGAGAGAGAGAUGCUGCGAGCUGCUAUAUUGAGGGUCAUGGAUAGUGAGGAUAGUACUGCAGUGCAAACGAUAAGCGAGCCAAAUGAAAUGCAAAUACAACAAGAGGAACACUAUAUGACGCCCGAGGUAUACACUAUAAAACCUGAACAGAUUGAGGAGAGCGAGAUUUUAUAUGAAGAUGUGGAUUCCAGAGAAAUUACUUAUGAAGUAGUUUAUGAACAGUAAUUAUAGGCCUAUGCUGGACUAUGAGCCUCCUCUACAUUAUUUUUGACGAGACAACGUCUUAUAAAACAUGACUCAAGCGUCGUUACCUCGCUCUGAGGCGAUCCAUGUAAGGCUUGGAUUUUUGUUGGGAAACACGUUGAAAUUUUUAAGGAUCACAAUGACUUUUACACUUAUAUCAGAACACACAUCAACAGCCUAUAAGUUGGCCACUGCUGACCAAAGGCCUCUUCUCACCUAAAAAGGUUUGAGCAUUUAGUGCAAGCGAGAGCGUGGAACGUGCGAGAGAGAAGAAAAAUCAGCCUUCGCAUCUCUCUCUCUUGCUUCAUAAUGCGUCUCCGUGGACGACUGCUAUGCUAUAAGUACUAUAGGCGUAGCCAGGUUUUAGUUUCGACACAGGUUCAAGAAAGUAGACCCAUGAAAAAAAAACUUAAUACAUGACAAAAAAAACUAUUUAUGUUAUAAACAGAUUCAUAGGUAGUCAUAGAGACCUUUGCCAAACAGGGGAUGUACUAUGCUAACUAGAAAAAUAACGCUCUGUAAUGUCUAGGUACGCAUUUUUCGGGGGGGGGGGGGGUUUGAACCCCCAAAACCCCCCUGGCUACGCCUAUGAUAAGUACAUUUACAUGUUUUGCUCGAGUAUCAAAGUGCAGUGAAAAGUGUAUAUGGAGGUUAAAGAUACUGUUUUGUUUGAAAAUGCUACCGUUUCAUCAGUAUUUUUUCUUAAGACGUUGUCACGUUCAACUAUAGUCAGUGAACCGACUUUACAGACAAUUUCUUUUAAGUCUUUGACUGCCAAUAGAAAACUGUUGAAGGCACAUCCUCCGCUAACGUCGGUCACCGGUGACUACCACGGCGUUCAAUGUGUUAAUGGGACAACCCUGAUUAACCUCCGGAGUAGAAGACUUAUUUGGUUGUCAAGACUUGAUGAGAAGGAGUAGGAAUGGGGUGGUGUUUAACCAGAUUUAGAUAGAUGAGGUCCAGUAAGGCUGAUGCCUGAUCCGGAGCUGCGGACUACCUAGCGGGUUACCGGGGCUCCGGCUAUAAAAGCAGAAGUAGGAACGGGGUGGUUUUUAGUCAGUAAGAGAUAGUCCCUCUCGCCUUACCCAAGCCGGGAGAAGACAUUGGAUGAUGUUCACGCCUAAAAAAAGCCUACACAACUCCUAUGCACCAGGAUCUACAGUAGAUACAACCAUGCAAACACCGGAACACUGAAGUCCAACGUCCCAGGGACAUGAAUGACUGUCUUGGAUCCCGCAACGAAAUAAAUCAGAAGAUAUUAUUAGAGGAGAAAGAAUGAAAUGGUUUCCACUCCUCUCUAUACAUAUAGGCUUUUACAUAAUCUCCACGCUUUGUGGAGAUCUGAGAUCUCUAGUAAGUUCCUUAACCGGGUGUGUGAUACCCGCGGGGAGAGCUGGUGACUAAUGUGUUGUCUACAGUCAUUAUAUUGUGUAAAUAAUUGUCUAAAAUAGUUAAAUUAUAAAGAGUUAGAAUGAAAUUUUGUAUGUAUGUGUAACGCUUAUAAGAUAGUUUAAAUGUACUAUAUAGGGUGACUGGUAAUUAGUGAACGAUAUUUAAACACGUGAUUGUACUCAUGAUUACAAACAACUUUCCCGAAGAAACUGUUUUUGUAUACUCAUUAGUUUUAUUUUUAUUACAAUAACAAAACAAUAUUUCGCGCAGCGAUGCGCCCGCGUUAUCUGACUAAUGCCCGAAUACUCAAACGCUACUCAAUUUUAAGACGCUCUUAAAUGUAGUUCUGUCCCUAUCAAUUCUUUAUAAAAUGACAGAGAUAGCACGAUAUUUAAGUACAACUUGAAAUUGAGUAGCUUUUGAGUAUUCGGGCGUAAGACUAGGUAGGAUAUUUUGGAACUUUACGCGCGCGUGCUAAUGAAAUUUUGUUAUUUGUAAUCAUGAGUACAAUCACGUGUUUAAAUAUCGUUCACUAAUUACUAGUCACCAUAUAUUAAGGGCUGGUUUUUCAAAUAUAAUUUUAUCUUUAUAUCAAUGAAAGAAAGAAAGAAAAUACGUUUAUUUAGCACAGACAGGAGAAGUGUUGAUUCGUAUAAUUUUCAGAACUACUGGGGGCCUACUCCGGUUCUCGAAUGCGAAGUUUCGUUUAAUCUUCGGCCGUAGGUUUUAUUGAUUUACUAAUAGAAUUACAUGAAAUAACGUUUUAUUUGUAAUUUUAUAUCAAAACCUAUUUAUUUUCUCUCACAUUAUCCUCUAUUUCAUUGUCUGGACUUUAAAAGAGACUAUGACCUCUGAGUUUGUUUCGGCAUUUAUUCUCAGAGUAGUCGGAUAGGAAAUGCCGGCCUCAUCUAGCUAUUUAAGAGAUUGACGUGUAAAAGUGUUAUUUUAUAACCUACUUACAGAAAUAAAUAUCAUUUAACAUUUAUCUUCAUUUCAUUCGUUCAUUUUUGUUCACGAAAGUUCGCAAUAAAUAGAAUUGCAGUAUGCAAUCUGCGAAGUUUUUUCGUUCGUUCGUUGAAUUAGAGUACGCCUUCUGUUCUCAAAUAAGUCUGUAAAACAUCACGCUACGAUCAAUAGGAGCAGAGAAACGCCAGCUAGUUAUAUGCCGUUGAAAAACCAGCCUUUAUGAUGAUGUUUAUUUAUGUAAAAAUUUAAGUAAAUAAAAUUCUUUUUCAAACUUGA